GUGCAAUUGUUUCACAACGGAAGUAAAUACGCAGCGGACAGUUAAACGGAACGCACCAGCAUUUGCAAUCUGUUUUUAUUGUUAUUAUUUCAAUUAUUUCCUUACUGGCAUGUAAUAUAUUCUACGGUAUUCUUCCCCCCUGCCACAUAUUUCAUUUUUGAUAAGAUGUUUGCCAAACCGUUUCGUGUUAAAUCCAACAUCGUAAUGAAAGGAUCCGACAGGAGGAAGCUCAAGGCUGACAUAGCAGCAGCCUUCCCCUCUCUGUCCUCUGAUGAAUUAUCAGAGCUAGUCCCAAACAAAGAAGAAUUCAAUGUUGUGAAGAUUUAUACACACAAGGGAGACGCUGUGACAAUAUACGUCGGUCAUAAAAACCCGCUCUUCUUCCAAAUGGAAAAACAACUUUAUCCCACAGUCUAUAUGCUUUGGCGCUACCCGGCUGCCCUGCCUACAUUCAGGACGUGGGCCCCUGUUCUUCACAAGUUGGUCGGAGGAGCUGAUCUUAUGCUUCCUGGUGUGGUAGUGUCUUUUGAUGGACUCCCGGAUGUAAAACGGGGUGACUCCUGUGCUGUCACACUUGUGAAUAAUAAGUAUGUGUUUUUGGAUUUGUUGGUUUUCUGUCGAGCUUAUUUGACAGAACUUUAUGAUUUCAGAGCUCCUGUUGCAAUUGGCACCGCUGCGGUUUCCAGUGCGGAAAUGCAAAGUUUGGGCAUGAAAGGAAGAGGAGUGUGUGUCUUGCACUCGUACAUGGAUCAUCUCUGGGCUUUUGGAGAAAAGUCCAGUCCUCCCACGUUACGAGAUGCCGAGGGUGGAGCACCUGAUCUGAAUGGUGACCAAUGUCUGGCUGAGGAACAAGAAGAAGAUGAGGAGGAGGAAGCUGAGCAUCAAGCAAGCCAGCUGGUCAAAGAUCAAGCCUGCCCUGCUGUUGCUGAGCAGGCGGAAGGAGAAGUUGAAAAGGCCAAUGAGGAAGGGGAGCAGGCCCACCAAGAUGAGAAGUCACCACAAGAGGUCAUGGAUGCUUUGCUUUGGCAAUGCUUCCUCCUGGCACUCAAAAGCAAGGUGAAGAAAUCAGAGCUCCCUCUGCUGACAAGCACUUUUCUCCGCAACCACAUGGUCUCCUGCUGCCCGAGUGGUAAACACUUAGAUAUCAAAAAAUCCAGCUAUAAAAAGCUUUCCAAGUUCCUCCACGUCAUGCAGCAGCAGCACAGCCUCGUACGUGUGAAGGAACUGACGAAGGGCGUGGAGAGCAUCGUAGAGGUGGACUGGAAAAGCCCAGAACUCCGCUUCUCCGCUCCCGUGGAGACGGAAGCGGUUCCACAAACGGAAGCACUGUAUCAUCCUCCCGAGAUCACCGCUUUAUACUCGGUGCCGGCCCGACUGCAGCCUCUUUUUCAGGACGCAAACAAAAGGAAAGGAGUGGCACUGCAGCCCACGGAGGUGAGAAGCAUCGUCACGGAGUACGUGAAGAACAACGACCUGGUGGAUGAAACCAAUAAAAAUUACGUGAGAAUCAACCCAACCCUGUGCGACUGUCUGCUGGAGAAAUCAGAGUACCAGGACGUGGAGACGCUCAAGUGGGACGAGCUUUUCAGCAGAACCUUGGAGAGAAUGCAGGAAUGCUACCAAAUCGCGUACCCUGGACAAACACCUCAAAUAAAGAAGGGACAUAUUGAGCCCAUUGAUGUCUCUGUGGCUUCCCGAGGAUCCAAUAAGAAGGUGACUGUAAUAAAAAACCUGGAGGUAUACGCUUUGGACCCUUCUGCCGUCGCCAUUGCAUUGCAGCGCAGAGUUCAAGCCAGUUCAGUCCUCCAGGCCGUCCCGGGGGCCAAAGACAAAGUCCUGGUCCAGAUUCAAGGCAACCAGAUUCAACAAGUUGGACAUUUACUGCUAGAUCAUUAUGGAAUUCCUCGCAAGUACAUCCAAGGAUUAGAGAAAGCUUCGAAAGGUGGAAAGAAGUAGCAGGAGUUUAACGCUAUACCUGAUAUACUGUCUCCAUGGCUUACAAAGACGCCACACUGUAUGUAAACAUUCCUCUGGGCCUUUUGUGUACGGUCGUCUUUUCACAGGACUCGACAUCGGCUGGUGCUCCGUUUACACAUUUAGCGCCGUCUUAAAAUCGGGCAGCAAGUCAUCCCAAAUGUCUUUCAAGUGUUUCAUAUCAUGCGAACAGAUUUUAGCCCCCCAAAAUAAUCAGUCAUGUAAUCAGUAUUUCUGAAGGGGAGAACCAUCACUAUGUAAAAUAAAUAUUUUGUCAACGUGGAA